AUGGAAAACUAAUACCCCCCCCCAAUUUCUAACUCUCCAAUAAAACUUCUGUUGUGGACUUACCAGGUCUAAGCAUUUAAUCCUCAUAAUAGUCCUAUUGGGCAGUUGUUUUUAUUAUCACCAUUUCAUAGGUGAAGCUCCGAGAGAUGAAAUACUUUUCCUAAGGUCACAGAGCUAUUAAGUUACAGGGCUGAGAUUUUUAUUCAGGCAAUCUGACCUCAGAAUCCACAUUCCAUGGCUUCUUAUGCUCCUUAGAAUAGAAGGUCCAAAUACUGACACAUGGAAUUAAAGACACUUCUAGAUCUGGCUCCUGCUCACCCAUCCAACCUCAUUCUUAGCUGUCUCACUCACAUAAACUCCUUGAGCCCCAGUAACUGCCUUGCUCUUCGGAUUCCUUGACUUUGAACAUGGGGUUUCUUGCUUGGGAUGCUGCCUGCCUCCGCCCCUCUAUUUUUUAUUUUUUCCUUUGACAAAAAUGGUGCUUUCAGUCUGCCCUAAGAUACCACUUCCCCUGGGAAGCCUUCCUUGACUCUUCUGGACUGGGUAGGAUGCUACUCCGGCAUUCCUCUGGUAUCUAAUCCUCUCCCUUGUCAGAGCACAGAAGACCUGUGUUGGACACUUUAAAACCUGUGUUAAACACCUGGAUGGCAGAGGGUACCCUAAUACUUAUGGAGUGCAUGAAUGAAUGAAUAAAAGUACUUUAUUGAGGAGGCAGUGAGGAGCCAUCCAAGGUCUGAAGCAAAGAAGUGACCUUAUCAGUCUGUGCUCCCAGGUUCAAGCUGGGGGCAAGCCUUGCCCACAAUGGACCAUUCUCAUCAGCAUCAGAAGAUGAAAAAAGUUCAGUUGCAUUGCGGUUGUGGAUUUCUUGAGCUGUGCAUCUUGGCUUUUAUCUCCUCUUGACCACAUCUGGAUGCAGGAUAAUGCCAGAAACUGUCACAGUAAUGACUAGGUUUCUCUUUAUGGAGGUGGGAUGUGGAAAAGAGCUUAUGACUUGGGUCUGGGCCCGGAACUCCCACAAGAAUCAGGAGUUCCCCCUGCCAAGAAGGCUGUGUGAAGCCAAGGCGAUGUGGGGAGCCACAGACAUGACCUUGCCCGGGACCAGGAGCAGCCUCUGAACAUCCUCCUCAAGCCUAGUCCUCACUCUAUUUACACUUGCUCAGGGCGCACACUGCCCCGUCUUGUUCUCCUUGAAUAUGUAAAUAUUGCUUCCAGACUAGGAAGACUGGAAAGACAUACGUGUUUUAGGUGGCUUUUACAGAUCCCAGCUGGAGGUCAUGCAAGGCGGUUAGAGAAUCUCCGUUAGAUGCGCGAAGAGGCUUGGUUUCUCUUCGCUCCUGGACUCAUCAGACCACUCUGCCUUAUUAAGGGACCAGGAAACGCCUCUGGGGGCGCCGGAGAAGGUGUGAAAGUCCAAUCAAAGGUACAAUUAACUCCAGAAUGAAGGAGGGAGCCUGUGGGGCAAGGGAGCUCCAGAGCUGAUCCCCGCUUAGGCACUGGCUCCUGGCGUGCGGUGGAGGGGGUCCCCGAGUUCCCCUCUGGAGCCCACGCGCAGCCCAGUCCCUACGAGGGCGGCGCGGGAGGUGGAGCGGACUGGGCGCAAGGGGCGCGGCCUGGGUUCCGAGCCUCCUGCUACCAGGCCUCAGCUCCGGGAGCUGGGGGCGGGAAGGGGAGGAGCCAGGUGGGGAGGAGCAAAACCCGGAGGUCCAGAGAACAUUGGGCAGAGCCAGAGCGGCGGGAGCCGGGGCGCGCUGUCUUGGGAGCGUGCCGUCCGGGCCAAGCACCGCGGCCUCCAGCCGCUCUUUGCCUUCAGUGAACAGCGGGGAGAAGGGCUGGUGCUGAGGGGGGCGAAGGUACCGAGCCCCAAUACCUAAACUAGAGUUGUCGGGCUGCCUGCAGCCCCCGCAGCCCCCUGGGGUGCUCGGCCUGACCCACCACCCGCGUCUGGGUUACGCCAUGGAUCCUUCGGAAAAGAAGAUAUCGGUGUGGAUUUGCCAGGAGGAAAAACUAGUCUCCGGUCUCUCCCGCCGCACCACUUGCUCGGACGUAGUGCGAGUACUCUUGGAGGACGGCUGCCGGCGGCGACGGCGGCAGCGGCGGGGCAGGCGGCGAGGGGCAGCCGGCGACCCGCCAGGCCCAGCGGAGCUGACGGAAGCCCUGGACGAGGACGACGAGGAUGAUGACGAGGGGCUGCCUGAGAGCAUGCUGUGCGGGCCCCCGCAGUGCUACUGCAUCGUGGAGAAGUGGCGUGGCUUUGAACGCAUCCUGCCCAACAAGACGCGCAUCUUGCGCCUCUGGGCAGCCUGGGGUGAAGAGCAAGAGAACGUACGCUUUGUGCUAGUGCGCAGCGAAGCGUCUUUGCCCAAUGCGGGCCCCCGCAGUGCAGAGGCACGCGUUGUGCUCAGUCGUGAGCGCCCGUGCUUGGCCCGGGGGGUCCCGGCGCGGCCCAGCCUGGCCUUGACCCAGGAGAAGCAGCGGCGGGUGGUGCGCAAGGCCUUCCGCAAGCUGGCCAAACUCAACCGGCGGCGCCAGCAGCAGCCAUCGUCACCGUGUUCGUCCACUUCGUCGUCCACCACCUCGUCCUGCUCGUCGUCGCCGCGGGCCACCGAAAGUGCAUCGGUGGAGCGCAUGGAGACGCUGGUGCAUUUGGUACUCUCCCAGGACCACACGAUCCGUCAGCAGGUGCAGCGGCUCCGGGAGCUGGACCGUGAAAUCGAUCGCUAUGAGGCCAAAGUGCACCUGGACCGCAUGCGGCGGCACGGAGUCAACUACGUUCAGGAUACUUACUUGGUGGGCGCAGGCAUCGAGCUUGACGGGCCGGGCCCUGGAGAGGAGCCGGAGGAGGCGGCAGCGACGAUGGCGACGCCGCCUCUGGAUGGCGAGGCGCAGGCAGUCGCGUUGGAGGAACUAGCCCAGCGCUGCGACGACCUGUUGCGACUGCAGGAGCAGCGGGCCCAGCAGGAGGAGUUGCUCGAGCGCCUCUCAGCAGAAAUCCAGGAGGAGCUGAACCAGAGGUGGAUGCGGAGGCGCCAGGAGGAGCUUUCAGCGCGGGAGGAGCCCCCAGAGCCUGAUGGCGGACUCGACGGCGAGUUGCUGCUGGAGCAGGAGCGAGUCAGGACGCAGCUCAGCACCAGCCUCUACAUCGGGCUCCGGCUCAACACGGACUUGGAGGCGGUCAAGUCUGACUUGGAUUACAGCCAGCAGCAGUGGGACAGCAAGGAACGCGAGUUACAAGGCCUUCUCCAGACUUUGCACACGUUGGAGCUGACCGUGGCUCCAGAUGGGACCCCGGUCUCGGGCGGACCCUCGCGGGAACCCGGACCUCAGGCGUGCGCCGAGGUGUGGGUGGAUCAGGCCCGCGGACUGGCCAAGAGCUGUCCUGGCAACGACGAGGACUCGGAUACCGGGCUGAGCUCUAUGCACAGCCAGGACUCAGACUCGGUGCCCGUGUGCGAAUCCCUUGUGUAGGAGGAGCAGGGUGGGAGAGGGAGAUGGUCGCGUCUUUCUUUUCUGUAGAAAUCACCGGCUUGGCCGGCUCAGGGACUUGAAACCAGGCGGGUGUGUGUGUGUGGUGGGGGUGGGAGGUAGGCUUGGAGCUCCUGAGGAGCAGCAGUGAGUGCUCGGGGCGGGGGGAGGGCUGGGGACGCCUCCCCCGCAGCGGCGCUCCUCUGGCUAGGGAGUGAAUGUGGAGAGGGUUCGGUGCAAGGAAGAUGGCUUUCCCUUACUAGCUCUUUCAGGAGAAGGAAGGAGGGAGGAGGUGAGAACCCCCUAUAUUGGAAAACAAAGGCCUCAGAAUAUUGACGUGGUCCGAGCCCAUUUUCAAAAAAGAAAAAAAGUAUUAUGGAGAUGUCACCCAUCUUCUGUAUGGGAAGGACUGAUGGCAGCUAGUUUGUGGCAUAAAGUGCUUUUUAAAGAAACACUUGGAUGAAAAGGAAAUUCCUUCGAUGUUAAUUGUGACUGUGAACGUGUUAAAACUAGCCAAAGAGGACGCACUGGUGUUGGUCUCAGCCUUACUUAUAUCUUUGAUAAAACUCAUAGGCACCAAAAUCUUGGCUGUUUACAUUUCUGCAGAUUUGGGCAUUACCCAUCUGCUAAACCCUUUGCCUUUUAUUUUCUUUCAAAGACUAACUCUGUAUUUCCUCCUAGUAAAUACAGUGUAUGUUAAAACGGGGUCGUUUUCCCCAAAUCACCUUUUAUUAUUACAAUAGCCAAACCCAACCCUUUGAGAUACAGAACCCUGGUAGUUUUAACCCCUGGUUAAAAUUUAAUCCAGGCCCUUUGCGAUUUGCUCCUGCAAAGGUAUGUGUGUUUUCCUUUUAUUUUUGUUGCCACUUCAUCCAUUCAGUCACUAUUAGAAAAAACAGAAGUUGCAGGAUUCAAGUACAAACUACAUUUGCUGUUCAGUGAGCACUCCAAUUGAAACUAAGCCUUGAAAGCAAAGAUCUUUGUUGGUUUUCGGCUUUUAAAGUAAGCUGCAUGAUUAAAAUCAACUAUGACCUCAACAGAUUUUACCGAACAAACCCAGGUCUAACUUCAGUAUCUUUAGUCAGAGAUUAGUUACUUGUCCAAACCUAAACUGAGAUAGUGUAAAUAUCAAGGUUUGCUAGAUAAGACCUGAAAAGAAAACAUAAAAUAAAACAAUCUAAUAGCACACCUUGGGUGAAGAAUUUGGUUAACAACGGCACGUAGCCAUAGAUAAAAGCAUAUAAAAUUGAGCUAAAGACUUGGCUUACAUUACUUUUGUCUGGCUCACACCUUUGCAGACAUCGCAGCAUGCAAGCACAACGCCUUUUUCUUAAUAGCUAGUGACAGAGCCCUGUGGGGACUCAAUGUAAUUGUUCCAGUUAUUUCAAUGAAAACUUAUCAGUUGUAGCUAGUUGUUGCCCUGAUGGAAGGAGCCUGCUGGCAGUGUUCCCUCCGGAGCUCAGAACUUCUGAGGAAUGCGGGAUCUAAUCUGUCCUGAGGAGGUAUUAUUAACAAUGGGCUAUGUGUGCGGUGCCAGCCUCAUAUCAACGUAACUGUGCAGGGGCUGGCUCCAGUUUCAGCACUACAUGGGAAGAUAACUUAGAGGUCUCUCUUUACAGAGAAAUUGCUUUCCUUGCAGAGAGCCUUUGCUUGUUUCCAAGAGGGGCCUGCUCACCUGACCUCCUCAAACAUUUGAGCUGUCUCCUUUUUAGAGACAGCCCUGCCCCACCCUCCACUAUGCCAUGCUAUUACAACCUGUGUAGAUAUUUUCAGAUUUUCAAGUAAAAUGAGAAUUAAAAGGCCGUUUUUUCUUAAUUGAUGUUUUCCAAAGGCAUUAGCUGGCAUAAUUAUGGUUUUUUAGUUUAGUCUGAUGCAGAAAACAUCUAUGCAUUUGGUUGUGAGCAUGAUUAAAAUGAGGAAGGGACCAAAAGAAACCCACUGUCCCUAGACAAUCAUUUGAUCCCAUAAACACAAAGCCUAAUGAUAGCUUACUUUUGGAGGCAGAGGUAAAAUCCUCAUUAGAGUGCGACAAUGCUACGUGUCUGAAUGGUUUAUGCUGGCAGUGGACUGACCUGGUGGUUUUAAAAUUACUGUGCUUCGUGCCCCCCCCCCCACAGGGUGGUAGGGGAGGUGGUUCUUGGACUUUUAUUAACUCAAAAGAGAACACAGAAAGUUGGCAGAACAGGACUGCCUGACGGAAAAUGGCUGUUUUCCUUUUCACUAAUAUUAUUUUAAACUUUGACGGUCUGCUGACGUCAGCAAAUAUGCCUGAAGCCUGUAAAACAAAUAAGCCACAUUAUAGGAAGAAGGCCUGUGGGAUUUUCUGGUGCCUUCUUUUCAGAACCUUCUCAUACUAGCCACCUGAAGAUGCUUCUCUUAUGAACGCUUCAGGCAAUGAAGUUGUUCAUAACAAAGGGAGGCUCCGACUGCCCAUUUUUCCUUUCUUCCAAAUCCAUUUUAUCCCCCAAAGGCACUUUGUGUGUGGAUAAAAGGAAGAACAGGGGUGGUGGUGGGGGUGCUGGGGGGGUUGGCAAGGUAAAAGAAAGGACAUAAUGGUUCCUUUUACUAAGAACUUUUGCAAGCCUGAGAAAGCUGAACUAUGAAAAUUAGCAAGUACCAAAAUAGUGCCCAGAAAGUGCCUCAUAAAUGCUAGAGAGCCUUAAAAUUUCAUUCACAUUAAAAAUAAUCCUCAUAGCCCUAAGAAUGAGAAUGAAUGCAUCACAGUGAAUGCAAGAGCACUGAGAUUUCAGUGCUUCUGGGAAAACUACCUCCUCUCCUGUUCCCCAAGCCCAGCAGAAAUCCUGGGUGGGGGGGAACCAGCCAUCCUGUGGAGGAGCGUCUGAGGUGGAAUAGGCUCCUCACCAACCAGCUCCAUCCUUUUUAGGAUCUGAUAGAAUUGAUUGUGUCUUUGAUUUUUAAUGACCCCAUUCUUUGCCAUCUUCCAAACCAAAAUGAUUUUAUCUGGCAUCUCUAUGUUUACUUCCUUACAAAACAUGGUGAUGAUGAUUUGCUAAUUAGAAAAGGUAUACUCUGUAGUCUUUAUGAUGGGCCUGAAAAUAAUAUAAAUAAGAAGAUAAGUCACUCAAAAUCUGAUCACCAAAAGCUCAUCACUACCAAAGUUUGGUUAUUUCCUUCCAGACCUUUUGAAUCAUCAAGAUUUCAUAUUUUGCUCCCCCAUCCCGUUUUUUUUUAAAACACAAUUUUAAUGAGAUUGUAUGCUUUUUAGGCUCAGAUUUUGACAGACACCUUGUAAAUGGCUCCAUCUAUCUGUUGAAUGCACCAUACAUAGUGCAUGUAACCAUUCUCAUGUUAACAGGUUGUUCCCCAAUUUUUUUUUUUUUUUUUUUACUAUUAUCUGUUUCCCUAAUUAGACAUCACUCCCCACCAGUAAGAUAAAUUCCCUGAAAGGGAAUUCCCAGGUCAAAGAGCACAAGCAUUUAAAGGUUUGAUACUUCAUUGCCAAAUGGCUUUUGAAAAAUUUGGUCUAAUUAUAGUCUGCCAGUGCAUAACAGGGGCUGUUUCACUACACCCUGGUUUUCAUUAGAUAGUAUAUUUUAUGGAGAAAAGUAGUUUAGCCAAAAUUAAUUAAUUAAUCUGUGUGGCCUCUGGAACCCAGGGCUGGCAACCACCGACUUAUAAUAUCCUAGUAACCUGAAGGGCAGAUCAUCUGACCAGAAGUAUUAAGAGGAUGUGGUACUUUUUCUUCUUCCCACUUCCUUAUCUCCCCUGAACCCUGCUGAUUAAUAGCGAUCUUGUCUCAUAUCAGAGCUGGACAAUGAUCCAUCUGAGCAGGAGGGCCAGAAACUCCACAUGAGCGAGAUUAAGGGGAUUAACAAAUAGAAUCGUUUAUAAAAAAAAUAUUCAUUAUCUUUUCUCAUCUCGAGUCUAGUAGAAAAGGUUAUCUAUAGAAGGGGCUAUCAUAAAAUGUAUUUGGUUUUGUGCUUCUUCCUGCUCGCCCCUAUCAAGAAUUAAAUCAAAAUAAAGUACAUACAUAAGCC